AUGGACGGCGCCUUGGCGAUGGCCGUCAACUGCCUGGCAGCCCAGCACGACCUCUACUCGGCGUCCUUCUCGCCGCUGCGGAUGCCCGCGUACGGCCUCUCGGUGUCCGACGGCUGCCCGACGCCCGCGUCCAGUCCCGGGGGCACCCUGCCGCCCUGCUCGCCCGCGGCCGACAGCCCCGCGAACCUCACCGAGCUGUGUCCCAUGCCGCGCGACGCGACGCAGUGCAUGCGCGACCUCUCGUACGACGACUGCGACCCCCAGCAGGACACCGAGUUUGACUCGGAUGCCGAGAACGGCAGCGUCUUCUCCGUCGGCUCUUCCACCGAGAGCGGCGGGUUCGCGCACGGCGGCAAGCGGUGUGGCAAGCGGAGGACGACGUCUUCCAGGACCCCGCCGACCAAGGUCGUCAUCAGGAAGCGGAGGCUGGCCGCCAACGCCCGCGAGCGCCGACGGAUGAGUUCGCUGAACGUGGCCUUCGACAAGCUGCGCGACGUGGUGCCUUCGCUCGGCAACGACCGCAAACUGUCCAAGUUCGAGACGCUCCAGAUGGCGCAGAGCUACAUCUCGGCGCUCAGUGAACUCCUGUGCAGAGAGUGACUCGCCGUGAGGAGCCGACCUCACUCCAAAGAAACUUAGAGAUGACGAGUGGACGCGGUGUGGCGCCGCUGGACCUUGCGCCCAAGUUAUAAGAACUCCGACACGGAACGAAAAGGUCUUCCAGAAACCGCGCUUGCACGCUCCGUUGUUCUGAAAGUAAGUGCGUGGCGAUUUCGCGGGUACUAGCUUCCGCCUUGAUCGAAAACGAUCUCGAGAAAACCUCUUUCCAAAUUACUCCCCUUUUGGAACCCGUCUCCAGGUUAAAGUCAUCAUAUUUGACUUUCGCCAGUUAGCACAAGUCUCAUACUCGUGCCCGUGGGGUAUCUGCGUCACGCAAGAAACUGCCUAGACCAGUGCCUGAUCUAAGAAUACUCAUGCGCUCUAUUUCAUUACAUUUUCGCGAGAAAUCGUUCCCAAGGGCUCGUCCCACUGCAGAGCUACAAGCGCUAAAUUGUGUCCGUCGAGACAAAGCGACUUUAACAUUUAGAGGAACGUACCGGUCUCGAGCAGUGUCCACAGAACCUCGCAAGUGUCCACAGAACCUUGCACGUUGAUGACUCUUAGGUCUGCCAACAAGUAUCUUCGACUUGUCUGUGAGAUUUGUAUUUGUGUUUUAUUUUCUUAUCGUUGUUGUGCGGACGAUACCCCGAGUGCUACCAGCCUACCUCAAACCACCAAAAAAUAUACCUCCAAUUCAUUCCAUUGUCUAUAUUUUUUUCUCCUCAUAGUUCCGAUAAUUCCACUAUUUUUUUUUUGUUUUUUGUUUUUCGUUGCACUGGUCAGGGAAGAAAUCAGAGACAGCCAUUUUUCUGCCCUACUCGCGAAUUUGUUUUGUCGCUUUUACGAUCGACUACAAGUGAAAUCGUCUCGUUUGAUAUUGCGAAUACUGCGGUGUUUCAUUCCGAGAAACUGUGUUUGGCCCCUGUUGUUUGCGUCACAAUGUUUUGCGGCACUAUGGAGAUAUUCUGAAAAAAAAAAAGGAAACUCCAUAACGUGUCGCGCUAGUCUUGUGGUUAUCGGGCGCCAAUUCAAUGGCGCUCUCAGUGCUCAGUGAAGUGUCAAAGUGAUGUCGCGCUUGGUCGCACGUCCACUGUCCGUCGGGACUUUGCUCAAGUGAUAGUAUUCCAAGCCUCAUCGUGCCAAAAGCCUCGUUAUUCUUGGUACGCCUCAGCAAAGUUCGCACCUCGGUGCCCGCCCUGUACUGGCGCCUAAUAUAACGGUCUACAGAGUUUUCCCAUGUUGGCAUUUGUACAUAUACGAGUUUCUACAGUACGUAUGACGUGCCUUAUACAAUUUUCCUACGUUGACAAUAAAAAUAGAUACAUCGAUAUUUUUUUAUAUACAUAUAUCGGUGUGUCGCUAUUAUUUUAUUA